GACAGGCUGCUGAGUGUGCCAAUAUUAAAGUUUUGUUGGGCAAUGUGAUUUAGAGCUCAGGCUGACCUGUGUGCACAACACUUACUGUGCAAGUUUUACCUGUGUCAAAAACAGCUAGUGUGUGAAGCUGUUCUGGUGAAUAGUUUGGAGGAAAAUCAGUCAUCCCAAGUUGUUAGGAGAUGUAGGUAGUGUAAUGAUCAGCUAGUAGUAUAAGUAAGGUGUGAGACAGUGGCUAGGUAAGGAGUGCAGAGCAUGCGACACACUCUGCGCAAGCAGUGAGGCGCGCCCCAGGUAAACCACUGUAACCGGGCCUUCUCUCUCCCUCUUACAGCGGACUGACAGGCAGACAAUAGAAAGGGGCAGGACUUGUGCUAGAUGUGCCAAGGUUUGGCGGGCUUCACUUCCCAUUCAGUACAAGGGAGGCUGCUAUUACAGUAGACCCUAUCAGAGAGAUAUCACAGAGUGCCACUGACCGGCAGAGUGGGCAGACUACCUGAGUGACCAGUCACUGGACAUUACACAGCACACCUGUACUACCACACCUGAGACUUGGGGAGUUGUACCUGCUGAUUACAAGUUAGCCCUGUGUGCUUGGGAGUGAAUGGGGGACAUGUAUGUGGCUUGUACUAGACUGUGGUGAUCGUACAUGUGCUAUCUACCAUCAAUCCAGCUAGUCUGCGCAUUUGACAUUGUGUAAUUCCUUUGGGGGACACAUAUAUACCCUAAAGAUGAAGUUGGAGAUACCAAUUUGCAGACUGACCACACUGGUGCUGACCAUUACCAGUCUGGCACAAGCUAUGAUUCCUUUGCCACCAUUUAAGAAGCUCAAGGAAAACUACCCCGGUUACAGACAUCAUGGAGGUUAUUAUAGCAACAAGAAAUUCCUGCGGCUGAUUAAAGUGAAAUCAGAAGAUUUGCUCCAUGACACAAGCGCUUUAAGACUGUCCUAUGCAUUUAAUAAAGUUGGCGGAGAGCACUCCCUUGGGAAGCAGUUGAUUCGACUUUCCAAAUAUGGGCAAGACAGUGUCCAAGGGAAACAGGGCAUGCAGUUCAUAUUCCAUCCCAUUGCUUAUGGACCAUAUAUGGCUGAUAAAUAUGGCUAUCCCAGUGUGUCAAAGGUACAUGAAACUGACCCUCUUGACACAAUGAAAAGUUUCUAUGGGAAACAAGGUAUCCUUCGUGUGCUGACCUACACAAAACGAGGAAACAUUCCCAAUGGGCAUGUGGCAUUAUGGGAUUGCACUCAUUUCCACCAAACAAAAGACUGGAUUACCAAGCACACCUUGAUUAGCGUGGAAUUCUGGGAAUCUCCAGAUUCGAACUGCGCUCAUGCAAUGGCACAGCCUCAGGAUAGCAGCAAAACUAUACCAACGACAACACCACCUACAAUACAGUGGAAAGAACAUUCGGAAAUCACCAAUGAAAGAAAUUUAGCGAAAAAACUUCACAUGAGUGCUUAUAUGAAAAAACUUUAUCGGACUUACUACAAGCACAAGUCAACAAGGCAACUUCAUCGUCAUGGUCACCUAAAGCGACACAAGCAGUCAACGAUGACAACGUAGCAGUUUUAAUGACAGCUACUAAAGACGUUUCUGACUGAGUUCAGCUGUUCUGGUGCACAAAAUGCCAGACCAGAUCUGUAUAUUAACUUAUUGCUUGUGAUCACUGAAUUCUGCAUAAGAUUUAUUUUGUUAUUGCAUUUUUUGUGUGUUGCAUUUGCCACGUGUAAAGACUGUUUGAAAACAGAGGUGCUUAGGACAUCAAAUGUGACUACUGUGGACCACAGGCUCUGUGGGCAUUUAUUUUCCACCGCCAAAUCUUUCGCAAGAGGAUUGUGGGUAAUGUGGAUGUGCAUAUGGGAUGCAAAAUGGAUGUAUGGUGCUGUCUUUGUUUUAGAGAAAAAAAAACCACAGAAAAGAUAAAAAAAAAGUUUUUGAAUGACUGAUUUUUGAAAUAAUGUGUAUAUUUAGGUUAAGAUGUGUUGUUGAACAUUUCAAAAUGUUCUGCCUUGAUUUCUGGACCAGUUGGUUGUGAAAUGUGUUUGUUCAUUAAUUUUGUGUUGAAAAUUUAAAGUAAAUCAGCUGCUGAUGGCUUCUUUACAUUUCUGGGGUCAGUUCAUAGGUUAUGCCUAAAAUCUAGUCAUAAAUUCACAUACUUCAAUAGUUCAUAAUUCAAAACUUCCAAAAGAAUUUAUUUAGCAAUAAAUUUAGAAACAAAUUCUUCAUUCGUCUGUCAGACUGACAACUGAGUUUAAAUUCAAACUUUUUUUCUGGAGUAGACGGCAUCAAUCUUCAUGUUAGUAUACAUGUAUAUAGAUGGUAGUCAAUGGCCAAUUAUGCAAAUUUAUGUAUGACAUAAAAUAUUUAAUAAUUCAUUCAUUUUCAUAUGUAAAUAUCGAACCAUUAAUUCAAGUCCUACUUUAUUAUGAGCUCAUUAAAUUGUCAUGUAAGUGCGUGUACAUAGUGGAAAUGUUGUAAUUCAUCAGUGUGCAUGGAAACGUGAGUGCAUGUGACUAGUGUCUAAAACUGAGGAGCCCUAAUUUACAUAAAGCAUAACACGGAUAUGAGAUCGAGACAUUUUUAAAAUGUUCUAUGAGAGGAAGAAAAAUGCUUACUGUAUAUCUGUGCAUGAUUCUUUAUGUCUCUCUCAGUCUUCAUGAUAAAUGUAUGUUAUUCUCUCUUGUCUUUGUAAGCACAUAUGAUGUGCCUGUCAAUGUAUUUCACACUGCCACAGCAUUAGGGGGAUGUUUCAUUUGUACAAUAUUUUUCUACACUUUGGAUUUACAAAUCUGUGAACGAUGAGCUACCACUAAUGUCAUCACACUAUAUACACCAUGUUAAAUGUAAAUGUGCUACUUGAUUAAUCCUGCCUAUAAUGAAAGAAAACAAAAAUGUUACUGAAAUUGACGUAAAAGUUUGCAAGAAUUUUAUGCUACAUAAAAUUUGAA